AUCGGAUGACGGUCGCUACAAAAAGUUUUCGUUUAUGUGAAAAAAGUUAUUUGCAUACAAUCUAAUUUACUUUCCUUGCAUUUCGCUAAAAGCAAACUUCAAUUGUGACUGUGAAGCAAAUUGUGUUUUCUAUUUACAAAUUCCGGUCCUAAUCAUUGCAAAACCAGUUGCCGUCGAGCGAAAGCGUUUAUUUUUUCCUACGGUCCGUUGAACAAACAUCAGGAAUUGAGGACGAAGGACGAUGAGUUCAUCACACUGGGAGGACUUUUACGCGACCCAUCUGCCACCAAACUGCUUUGAAGACAAUCGGUCCCUGCUGAAAGAAUUCUGCGAUCGGCACUACAAGCUUAAGAGCAACAUCGUUCUUAUUACGUCUGGCGGAACCACUGUGCCUCUUGAGCACAAUACCGUCCGUUUCGUGGACAAUUUUAGCGCAGGAAAUCGUGGUUCCGCUUCGGCUGAGUAUUUUCUAGAGCACGGAUAUGCUGUGAUUUUCAUGUAUCGCACAAAGUCGCUGGAACCGUUUUCGAGACAUUUCACUGGUCAACAGUUAUUGGACAUGUUGGAACUACAUGAAGAAGGAAUGAGCACUUCCAUAACCGUUAAACCUGAUUCAGUGGAUGUUCUGGCUCCGAUACUGGAUAAAUAUAAGAAUGCCCAAGAAACGAAUAGGAUGUUGUAUAUCACCUUUACUAGUGUGGUUGACUAUAUGUGGUUGCUUCGAGCUGCUUGCGAAUGUUUAGCUGCAUUUGAAAGAGAUGCAGUCCUGUACCUGGCAGCGGCUGUUUCCGAUUUUUACGUUCCUCAAGAUGAAAUGCCAACUCACAAGAUGCAAUCCGGGCAAGGAGCGCCAACAAUUUCGUUGCAGUUAGUGCCAAAGAUGCUGGCUCCGCUGGUGAGCCUGUGGGUGCCACUGGCCUACGUAGUUUCUUUCAAGCUUGAAACAGACGAAAGCCUCCUGAUUGCCAAAUCACGUGAAAGUCUGAACAAAUACAAACACAAGCUGGUGAUUGCCAACAUUCUGCAAACGCGCAAGAACCGGGUAGUGUUUGUGACUCCUACCAAAGCGUAUGACGUUCUAUUGUCAAAAGAACAAGCUCACAAAGGACAGGAAAUCGAAGAACAAAUUGUUGCCGAUGUUGUCGAUAGACAUCAAGAGUUUGUGCGAGAAGGCGAAUUGCAGGAAUUUCAGCAGCAGCAACAACAACAGCAGCAGCAGCAAUGACCUUUGCGUUCACCGCGGGCAUUCUCGGGAGGACCGGUACACCCGCAGCAUCACUUCCAACAGCAGCAGCAGCAACAACAACAAUCCCAAGUGGAUUGUCGAGUGACAUUACCGCAUUUCUGCAAGGUGUUGAAUCCAGGGAGGAAGUUCUAAAUUUCCUAUUCCUGCUCGUGUAUGUGAAACAAAAUUCUUUGUUAGGGGCUUUGGUUUUUGAUAGUACAUCGUGUUAUAGGGAAACUGUUGAUUGUUGUAUGUACUUGUCAGUGGUAAUUAACUGUAUUGUUGAUCAAUAUUGUCGGAGACAAACAUGAAGAAAAACAUUGAUAGAGAAAUUCAUAUUUUCAUGAGUAUAAAGUGGACCUUAACUAUUAGUAUCAUACAUUGUGAGAAAAUAUACAUGGGUCAAAGGCAAGCUUCGAGUUACUACUUGAUCUUAUCUAUGCGUAUAGGCGACCUCAUCAUAGUCUCCAUUGAUAGGGCUCAGAAUAGAUAAGGGGUAGAAUAACGUUUAACAGCUGAAUGCUUGCAAAUUGUCAGACCUGGAUAUGAUAAUCGAUCUUGAACUUGACCUCGACUAAAUCUUGUGGCAAAUUAGGCACAACGGAGUUGCAUAGGAUUUGAUUGCUCUUCGCAGAAGUAGGAUGAAGUUGUUUCUAUUCUUUUCAGUUAAUGCUUGAUAGUUGCAGUGAAUUGCAGAACGCUAAAUAUUCAGCACGAACGUUAUUCGAAUACGCUUGGCUGGUAGAAUAUGCAUUAAAUGACAUAUGCUGCCGUGAAUCGCGUAAAAGUCCCGUUUAUAUAGGAAACUCCAUAGAAAAUGGGACUGUUAUGAGAUUCACGGCAGUAUGGCUAUCAGCUCCAGUAUCGCAAUUACUGGGCAAAGUGAUUUUUUUAUAUUCCCUGAACGGGAUUCGACUACAAAUGAAAAUACAAAUAAACUCUCGAUAUUGGUUACAUCGGUCAAAGAAACAUUUCAAAAUUGUUUCUGCUAUGCCUCGAAAGUGCAAACUUGAAAUGGCUUUGCAAAAAAAUCAUCGGCAAUUCACUAUACAGAAGUUCUUAAAUCAUAACAAAAAACUUGCUCUCAUUUCGAAAAAUUGGAACUCAACACUAUUGCGAAAAUAGUACAAUAAUUCUUCUGACUGUAAAAGUCACAACCGAAGGUUUAAUUAAAAGUUACGCGAUCAUAAAGAAAACUCUUCAAUGUUUUAAAACAUGUAGUGUAACUGUUUGUGGGUAUUUUUAACAUUUUUAAAGCAGUUUUUUAGUGAUUCGAGGCCCUACCUUGUAAAAUUAAUCUUUGAGGUCAAGUUUCUAUUGGGGAAAUGUAUGGAAUCACUUCACAACUUGUAUAACUUUGUGUUUGCUCGCCUCUCAACAAUAUAUGAAAUGUUUCAGAGAGCAAUCGAGUGCAGUAGGUUAUAAUUUUACAAAACCCUUAAACUAAACUAAUCGCUUUAUAUUUGGUGCGUGAUUCUAAUUAAACAUUCCGUCUGGAGAGCUUUAGUAACAUGAAUUCUCUAGAAAUUGUGUUUUUGUGUUGUAGGCAUCAGUUUUUAUCAAGAUAUAGGAUGCGGUAGGUAUUAAAAAGCAGAUAUCAAUCAGACAACAUAUUACUUGAAUGUUUCAUGGAACGUGUUAUAUGAAGCAUGUGACAAACUGAAAAUUAUUUAAGAGAUUGAAAGUGGCUUUUUAUGUAUGAUUAUUAUUUUUCGCCAUCAAGUCAGUCAAUAGAGUAGAGUAGAGUUAGUCACUGAAAUUACUUCAUAAAAAUAUAACUUCCUUCGACCCAUACACGAUUGGACACAGGCUUUAAGUUUACCUACCUAUCUGCCUAAAUUUAUAUAUAGUCCUUCGUUUAUCCAACCCGGAUUAAAAGUGAAUGUAUACACAUUGUGUUUAUUUGUUAAUAUUUGACAGCACCAAGUGCAAAUUGGUUUAUGCCUUGUUUAUGCAAUGAAACAGACAAAACUUAAGAAUAUAACCUAGUUCAAAAGCAUACUUCCUCAGAAGUCGCCCUAUAAUUUUUAAUAAAAAUACGCUCCAGUUAAGACAAUGAUAUUACGUGAUUUGAUAGACGAAAAUUAUUGUCUAAUUCUUGACUACACUAGCGUAGUAAAACCUUUUUCGAGAAAAAAAUUACCAGCUAUUUAGUUGAGAAUACUGCUUUAUUAUAAAGCACAAAAUGGAAUUACCAAUAACUCCUACAUUUAGCACCAUUCGGUUACAUAUCAACAGAAUGACCAAGUUUUGCGAUGAAGCGCCUUCAUUGUUUAGCAGUGAGAAAUACUGAAAAAAUAUGUAGCGAAAUCUACCGAUAGAAUACGAUAAAAUUAGAAUUGUAGAUCCUACGGACGACCAGCUCUAAGCCAAAAAUGUUAGAUGAAUCAAUCAAAUCCCAUAAAAAUAGCAACAAUAAUCAAAUCCGCCACGGCAAAAGUGUUAGAACGAAAUCGCCCAGUCCUAAGCCCAGGAGUAUAAAACGGGAUAUAUUUGUGAAAAUCAUUUUAGAACGAAAAACCAAUCGCAACUGUUACGCAUGACGGUCCUUUACACCAAAAAUAUAAACAAAGAACAAACAACUAAACCAGAAACUAGCAUACUAUAAUAUACAAUGCAGUGUAUGUAACUAUGUAGUUAAUAUACUACUUCCAAAAGACCUUAGACCGUGAUUUUUUGACUGAACAUUUGACUAUAAGCACCUAUGAAAAACCGUUUUAGGCUUUAGGUAUCAUUUAAUCAGUUCAUGAUUAUCUUGCAUCUUAAUACUGAUUAGCAGCACUUUAGACUGUGCAAAUAACUGCAAAAACUAGUGAGGAUAUUUUGCACGUUUUUAUCUCACUGUCGAUCGUAGUAGAUUAUAGAAAAACCUCAUCAUAAAUUCUCGCAAUGCUUUCUUCAACCAGGAUACCACGUGCUCUUUGUACCAGCGUUUACCCUCGCUCAAGAAAAAAUAACUUCGGCCAGCCACAGACAGUGACUUUUAACGACGAUGAAUUCCAACAUAGUUGAAAAUGUUAUAUAUUUGGAAUCUAUAGACACCGCCGAUAAAUAACAACAGUAAGGAGUUUCAACGGUGCAUUCCAACUGAAUUCUUUUGCAUUCGGCAAGAUUUUUCAAUCAAGAAGUGUACGCCGCCACGUGAAACCGACGAAGCACGUAUACGAUAUACGCUAGUUAUAUCGUUUUAGUCCUUUACGGAUUUGAGUACUUACCGUAUCCAAACGAUGUUACGGACUGCUUUUGGCGGAAUGCAAACCGAAAGCGGAGGGAGGCAAGCACAUGCACCACGAACUGCGGAUAUUUCUUGGAGAGAUAUCCAUCGUACAUCUGGCGAAUAUCGGGAGCGUACAGUGGAUUGGUCCCGUUACGAGAAUGCCGAACGAUAAUAAGAUGAAAAAGAACUAAUAAUUUCAUUCAUUCUCUUCUCAAUUUUAUAUUAUCCAUGAUGUCCAAUUUAGGUCCAAUGUUGUGGCGAGUGGGCAAUGAAGUAGGUGAGAGUGUGCUGGGUCAAUCUGGUGUUGGUUGUCUGGGUUGACCAUGAUGGAUUUUCUAAACAAGUGCCUCGUCUUUCGCGUUACGCAUCUUUUAAACUUGUUUGUGCAUUCUGAUGAAAUUAUCAAUGCUAAAUUAAAAAUCUAUCCGGAACCCUACCUUCACAACGACAGCUAGAGGCACCACAGUGAUUAAAAAGAAGCGGCCAAAUACUAACUGGACCAGACACAUUCAUCUGAAAUGAUUUUAAAAAUUUUAUCUAUAUUACGAAAGCAUAGCUUUAGCAUAAAAUUUGUUUCUGCGAUAAUUUCCUCUCGUGAAUCUAUGAACUGAGUAAAAAAUCUUGUGAUCAGAUAUUAGUCGCAAAAGCCUUUUUUUUUUAAUUAAUUCUAAAAUUGUAGAUCCCUCCCUUAAUUGUAUUGAUAGCGAUAUUAUUUAUAAGUUUUUCAUUCGUAUCAUUUGUCAAACUAUUCAGUUUAUUUUCACUGUAGUACCUUGAGUGCCUUACACGUUCCUGGCCCUUCGUUCGGGUUGCUUUCCACAACAGCUGUGGUUGUCAACCUCCUCUAUUUAUUUACAUUUUCGUUAUCGGAAAAUCAGAUUUCUCGAAAUUAAUAACUAUUCCACAUCCGUUAAUGUCACUAAUUUUUGAAAAAGGGCUCAAUCAGAUUACUUUUUAGUUUUAAGUAAAUUAUCUCUGAAGAGUUUAUAUCAAAUUUUCCCGAAAAUUUUGAAAGUGUUGGAGUUACGACUUAUCUGUUUCCUAGAAAAGUUUAAGACUUGAAAACUCAAAAAAAGUUCUUCCAAAAUUCUCGUUGUCGACAUCUCUGUCACGACCAGCUAAAUACAUGCACUGAAAUGACUUCUUAUAACGAGGGUCAGUCUAUUUCCAGCUAGUUACAACGCAAAACUAUCGCAAAUUAUUUAUACCCGCAUUUACGAAAUAUUUGCGACAUGAACUGAUUAAAACCUGCCUAUUAGGAAUUAACUACAAAAUUGUUUUAGUAACUCCGGUAUUCAUAGUUUCUAGCAGUGCACAUUGUAAUUAGUCUGUAUGUUGUAUAUGGGUUAGUUUUUCCCAAAGAAAAACAACCAUUGAGCGUGUUAAAAGUCGAAAAAAAAACUGGCAUAAAUAGUUAAUUUUUUGCAAGUAUUAUAACUAUCAGCUAGAGAAUAGAGUCCCUUUCAUUGACUUUAGCGACUGUUAACAUUGACCAAACAAAGAAUAAAAUUUUAAAACAAGCUACACCAAUCAUGAAGAAAAACAACAUAGCAUAUACAACAUGAAAUCCAAAGCUGUGAUUGGUAUAAUGCAGUUCUAAUGACUAAACAACAAAUCAAUAUUAAUCAGUUGUACAUGAUAUAAAUUUGUCAACCAAAAGACCCUUACUGUACGCUUUAGAUAUCGUAUAUAUGGUGAAAGUAACUACAUUUAGCAGUGUAUUUAGGUCUAAACAGUGUAAACACAACAUCAUAACAAAGAUAUCUCUCCCCUGAGAGACAGAAUAAAUUAAACCGAAGCAAAAUAACUAAAUGUG